CGGCUUCCUUGCUGGCCGCCACACCCAGCUCUCCUGCCGUCCCAUCCUGCGGCUCUCUCGCCUGCAUCCGAGCGCCCUGCCGGCAUUCCUGGCCCCCCACUUUUCCCAGCGACGAGCCGUGACUCCCCACUUCUCCCUACAACUCUUCUAACCAUGCCGGUCACCCGCUCAAAAAACGUGGGCAACACCAGCGCCCUGACCUCCCAGCUGGGCAUUAUCCGUAUCUUGGAAGUCAUCUUCACCUGUGUGACCUUCAGUCUGGUGGCCCACGAGGGGGGCGCACUCCAAGACCAUAGCAAUUAUGGACACUGGUGCAUGUUCGCGUGGUGUUUUUGCUUCGCCGUCACCAUCGUCAUCUUGGUGGUGGAGUUUGUCGGCCUUCAGCACCGUGUGCCGGUCUCCUGGAGGAAUUUCCCCAUCACGUUCGCCAUGUACGCCACGCUGCUGUGCCUUUCCGCCUCGGUCAUCUUCCCGGUGGCGUACCUCCAGAAGAGCUACACCACUCGCGAGCAGCGCGGAUACCGCAUCGCCGCCACGGUCUUCUCUUGCCUCUCUUGCCUGGCCUACUCCACCGAGGUCACCAUGACCAAAGCCAAGCCGGGAGAAGUCACGGGCUACAUGGCCACCGUCCCUGGCCUCCUUAAGGUGGUGGAGACCUUCAUCGCCUGCAUCAUCUUCGUCUUCCUCAACAAGUAUGACUACGAGAGGCACGAUGCCCUCAAGUGGUGCUUGGCCGUCUACUGUAUCUGCUUCAUCCUGUCGCUGGUGGUCAUCAUCCUCUGCAUUGGAGAAUGCACCGGCUGGCUGCCGUGCGCCUUCAACACGUUCCUCAGCGGCUACACCCUCCUGGCCGUGCUCAUGUACGCCACGGCCGCCAUCAUCUGGCCCAUCUACCACUUCGACGAAAAGCACGGCGGGCAGCCCCGGCGAUCGUGUUCCGGAUCGUCCUUCUGCGAGUGGGACAAAUACGUCACCAUAGCGGUCCUGACGGCCCUCAAUCUGCUGGUGUACCUGGCCGACCUGGUCUAUUCCGCACGGCUGAUCUUCAUCCAGGGGUAGACGGGUGCGCGAGGCAGCGAGCGGCUGGACAGAGAGGGUCAUGAGGGAGGGAGGGAGAAGGAAGGAAUGCAAACAGAAAGGGAAGGGCAUAAAAGUGGUCUCCCCCCCUUCUGUUUUCACGUUCCUUUCUUUCCCUCUUUUUGGCCAUCAACCCCCCCUCCCUUUCAUGUCCACACACCCUUAAUUCUUGUUCACAUUCCUUCUUUCUAACCUCCUCAGUGCAGCUUGUUGAUUCCACAUUAGUUCAGCACGUGCUUAUUCCCUCUCGUGUUUUGCUGUGCCCUCUUAAGUCUUCCCAGACUCCCCACCGGUGCCCUUUGGGCCUGCAAUUGGUCACCUGUUGCAGGGGGGAUCUUUGCAUCGCUCUCCUUCCCGCUCGCUUAGCUUCCUCCUCCUCCUCCUCCUCCAAACAUCCGGGAUGCGUAUCUUUUUCCCGUCCUCAGUGGCGACCUGCAAGGAUCUUCAUGAUUCGCGGGCAGAAAGAGCAGGGCUGACUUCUUCAUGGAAGGGUCCGCGUGCGGGUUCCAGUAGGAAACCCCAGACUUGAGCAGGGGGGAAAGACUCUUGCCGCAGUGUGCUCCUUUCUUCACACUCCAAAGCACUUCAUUUUUUAAAUGUACGCUUUCCUGGAUUCCCCUUCCCUUGUUGUCCAGUUCAUGGGUGACGCCCUCCUCCCUGUGGCACGUUCACUCCUUCCAUAUUUGCCACCACAAGCUUCUGGUCCUCAUGAUGGCUCUUCCUCCAGUCUGCCAGCUUAUUGUGUCUCUGUCGAUCUGCUCGGUGGGUGAGGAGAGGUCCCUGCCUUGUGUAUAUGAUAAGUCUCCUCCAAGUUUUCCUGUUCCCAGUUGGUGGGGCACCCAAGAUUGGGUCGAGAGGGCGUGGCAGAUGCCGGGGUCUUCACAGCAGCCUCUGUUUAUGGAAAAAGGAGAGUGGAGAAAACUCUCCUUGUAAUGAGUGCAUUUGCCUGAUAAUAAAAACAAGAAAGCUUUCGCGUUAAGAGGUUUGAAAAGCAGUGAGUGUUACCUCCACACUGUGCAAAAGAGCUGUUUUUUCUUUCUGUACUGAAUGUACUUUGUAGUCAUUAAUGUAUGCAAUGAAGGUAUCUCUUGUUGAUGUCUCGGAUCCAAAGGGAUAAUUUGCGAUGGCAAGUCUCCCAUUCAAUCCUUGAUGAAAUGGCUGGGGACCAUAUAGAAAGCGUUGUGGGACGAAGUUUCCUUUGCCCCCCUAAGGAAGAGUUUAUAGUUAUUGGUUAUG